AACAGCAGCAGCAACAACAGGCAAUAACAACUCCACCAGCAACAGCGACAACAACAAUAUGGAGAAGCUGCUGCAAUCGACGCUGUUUGUCAUCCUGAUAAUGGCCACAAAAUGCGGCAGUGGCUCGACCCAGAACCAGCAUCACGAGAGCAACUCCCAACUGGAUCCCGAUCCGGAGUUCAUUGGGUUCAUCAACAAUGUCACAUAUCCGGCAGGACGCGAGGCCAUCUUGGCCUGCUCGGUGCGCAAUCUGGGCAAGAAUAAGGUGGGCUGGCUGAGAGCUUCCGAUCAAACGGUAUUGGCUCUACAAGGUCGUGUGGUCACCCACAAUGCGAGAAUCAGCGUCAUGCACCAAGACAUGCACACCUGGAAACUCAAGAUCAGCAAACUGCGCGAAAGUGAUCGAGGCUGCUAUAUGUGCCAAAUAAAUACGAGUCCCAUGAAGAAACAAGUGGGCUGCAUCGAUGUGCAGGUCCCACCUGAUAUCAUAAACGAAGAGUCCUCCGCUGAUCUUGCCGUUCAGGAAGGCGAGGAUGCCACCUUAACCUGCAAAGCCACGGGAAAUCCCCAACCGAGAGUCAUUUGGCGCCGGGAAGAUGGCGAAAUGAUUCUCAUUCGCAAGGCAAGCAGUCGAGAGCUCAUGAAAGUGGAAUCCUACAAUGGAUCCUCGCUCAGGCUGCUUCGCCUGGAAAGGCGUCAGAUGGGCGCCUACCUAUGUAUAGCCUCCAACGAUGUUCCACCUGCUGUCAGCAAGCGCGUUUCGCUAAGUGUACAAUUUGCUCCCAUGGUGAGGGCCCCCAGCCAACUGCUCGGCACGCCCCUGGGAUCCGAUGUGCAGCUGGAAUGCCAGGUGGAGGCCUCGCCGUCGCCCGUCUCCUACUGGCUGAAGGGGGCGCGGACGUCCAACGGAUUCGCCAGCGUCUCAACGGCCAGCCUGGAGUCCGGCUCGCCGGGUCCCGAAAUGCUGCUCGACGGGCCCAAGUACGGGAUAACGGAGCGGCGCGAUGGCUAUCGGGGCGUCAUGCUGCUGGUGGUGCGUUCCUUCUCGCCCUCCGAUGUGGGCACCUAUCACUGCGUCAGCACAAACUCGCUGGGCCGUGCCGAGGGCACAUUGCGGUUAUACGAAAUCAAGCUUCAUCCGGGCGCCUCCGCCAGCAACGAUGAUCAUCUGAACUACAUCGGAGGUCUCGAGGAGGCGGCUCGGAAUGCGGCCAGUAGCAACCAGACGACGUGGCAGCAGCCCCUGCUCGCCAUGCUGAUGCUUCUGUGGAUGCGGCUGAAACUGAGUGCCGGGGGAGCGUGAUAUCAAAACUGAGAGAAGAAGAGCCGGCAAUCAAGUAUUCCUACAGAUUCCCUCGGACACCGACAUCGACAUCUCUCUCUCUCGCCGCCGCCUGCGUUCUUGUUGUUCGUUUCCGUUUCCGGUUCCGUAACCCCGGCCCACGCACACACACACAUACAUAUUGCCGAAGGCGCCUCCCGCUGCCUCAGAUAUCAUUUGCAUACGUAUCAGGAAACGCGUUGUUCCCACCCGCUGAACCCCCGAACCCAAAAACCCCCUGUGCCAAAUCCCCAACCCCGCUCCCUAAUGAAAACUAAAGAGGAUAUCAAAAGUGGACAAUUGGAUGCCAAAACCCUUCCAUUAUCCCCCCAGCCCCCAAAUAAUGUUACAUUGCAUAUAAAUUAAAUAUGAAUACUAUAAAAUAGU